AUGGCUUCGACGCUGGCGUCUUCAUUGAUCUUUGGCAAGAUCACAGAGAGACUGCCGUUUGACUCGCUGUUGCUCUCCCUUUUAGGGGUGUCAUCGCUUUGCUUUUUCUUAGCGGCGUCGAACACGUCCUCUUCGCAGUUCACCUUCUGGGUGUUUUGUCUGUUUGAGGCUUGUGUGGGGAUGUAUUUCCCUACUAUGGGGUUUUUAAAGGGGAAGUUGAUCGAUGAUGGGGUCAGGAGCCAGGUGUACGGGUUUCUGAGGAUACCGCUCAACGUUUUUGUGGUGGUGGCUUUGCUGGUUACGGGGAGGAUGGAGAGCGACAAGGCGUUUGUGGGGGUGUUUAGGGUGUGCUCUGGCUUGCUUUUGCUGGCGGCGGGAGGGUUUUGGGGGUUGGUGGUGAGAAAAAGCGGAGUUGAUGUGCAGGUAGAGUGA